UUAAUUCUUUGACUGCAAUAAAUCUGCAAGUAAUGGAGCUGCAUAAUUUGAGUUUUAGUAGUGAGGAGCAGAUCGCCACUGCUAUGACAUUGCUUCAAAAAUCUCCCAACCUAUGUGAAUUGCGUAUUGGGGCAGCAAUGGCAUGGAGCCAAUUUGAAGAAGAUACUAUGAAGCAUUUGGAGGAUCCAGACCGUUACUUUAUUAAUCAGGAUAUGAAGAAGCUUAGAACAGUGAAGAUUGAUGGGUUUAAUGGAUCUAAGCUUGAAGUUCUUUUUAUGAAGUCGGUCUUCUCCAAAUGCCAUGCAUUGGAGAGACUUGUUAUUCAUCCUGCAUGCAGAAUAACAUAUGCCUUAAUGGCAAUGAAUAUCCUAAGGGAGUUGAUGUGCGUCCCUUGUGCAUCUCCUAAUGCACAACUUGUCUUCCUAGAGCACUAGUCUACGUAUAACCUUGUUGGUUAUAAUGUCGUAGAUGACUACUAAUUAAUUUGUUGGAUAAUGGCAUGCGAAUCAAGUUACUCAUGUCUUAACUAGGGAAAUAUAUUGGUCAUUAUGUUUGAUCGUGCAUGCGG